GCCGCCACCGCAGCUGCCGCUGCCUGCUUGUUGCCGCGUCUUCCCGGAGGCGGCUGCUGGAAGCCACAGGGAGCAGCUGCGGUGCUCUGCCAUAUUGUGUCUUUCCCGGCCCAUCCCUCGCUUCCCCGCUGCGGCGGCAGAGCUGACGACCUAUUAAAGUAAAUGGGUCCAGUAAUUGGAAUGACUCCAGAUAAGACAGCUGAAACCCCGGGAGCUGAAAAGGUUGCGGCACUAAGUCAGAUUUAUAAAAUGGGAAGUUUGCCUGAAGCUGUUGAUGCUGCCAGGCCAAAGGCCACUCUAGUAGGCAAUGAGUCCGCAGAUGAUGAGCUCACAAACUUGAACUGGCUUCAUGAAAGUACUAAUCUUCUAACAAACUUCAGCCUCGGAAGUGAGGGUCCUCCAAUGGUUAGUCCAUUGUAUGACAUAGAAGGAGAUGAUGUACCAAUCUUUGGACCAUCUUGCUACCAGAGCCCAGAACAAAAAUCAACAACUUCAAAGCCCCCAUACUCUUUUAGUCUUCUCAUUUAUAUGGCUAUUGAACACUCUCCAAAUAAAUGUUUGCCUGUCAAAGAAAUUUAUAGCUGGAUUCUGGACCAUUUUCCAUAUUUUGCUACUGCACCUACAGGCUGGAAGAAUUCUGUUCGACAUAAUCUGUCCCUAAAUAAGUGUUUUCAGAAAGUGGAAAGAAGCCAUGGCAAGGUUAAUGGCAAAGGUUCCUUAUGGUGUGUUGAUCCAGAAUAUAAACCCAAUCUUAUGCAGGCACUGAAGAAGCAACCUUUUUCCUCAGAGCCUCAUAACUGUCAGUGUGGUUCUUUAUCACCUCACUACCUAAGCUCUGUUUUCAAGCAGAACCAGGUGCGAACCCUCAAAGAAUCUGAUAUUGAUGCUGCCGCUGCAAUGAUGCUUUUAAAUACUUCCAUAGAGCAGGGAAUUUUAGAAUGUGAAAAGCCUCUUCCUCUUAAAACAUCAUUGCAGAAAAAGAGGAAUUAUGGUAAUGCAUUUAAUCAUCCCAGUGCUAUAAGAUUACAAGAGAGUGAUUCUUCCACCACCAGCAUUGAUCCAAAAGAAGAUCAUAAUUACAGUGCAAGUAGCAUGGCAGCACAGCGCUGUGCGUCCAGAUCUAGUGUGUCUUCCUUGUCUUCUGUGGAUGAGGUCUAUGAAUUUAUCCCAAAGAGUAGCCAUGUGGGAAGUGAUGGCAGUGAAGGAUUUCAUAGUGAAGAAGACACAGAUGUUGAUUAUGAAGAUGAUCCUCUUGGAGACAGUGGCUACGCAUCACAGGCUUGUGCAGAUACCUCUCAGAAAGGGCAGCCAGGCAAAAAGAUGCGAAAACAGUCAUGUCAAGAAAUUGAUGAGGAGCUCAAAGAGGCAGCUGGAUCUCUGCUCCACCUUGCUGGAAUUCGUACAUGUCUGGGUUCCCUGAUAAGUACUGCAAAGACACAAAGUCAAAAGCAACGGAAAAAAUAGAAAUGCUUUUUAGUGUGAAAUUAUUUUAAAGUGUGGCAAUACUCUUCUACUUAAUUCUUUACAAGGGAUAUCAAAGCCAUAAUCGACUUUAGUUUUAAGGUGAGGAGGGGUGCCAAUUACUUGUUCCUUUCAAAACAUUUUUGAUUUCUGUUUAUUUUUUAAAAUUUAACCAUUGCUGUAAGGAUCAUGCCCAAUCGUAAACAUGUGAUAAAAAAGCCUGAGAGCAUAAUUUUUGUGAUAAGUGUCUCUUAAGAUUUGGAAAUUGUUAUAUAUGGAAAUCCCCAGCCUUUGUCUUAACCUUGUAGGAAAAAAAUCUUUUCUAUUGAUAUGUCAAAAAUGUAACAUUGGCAACUUUAUAUAACUUAAUUUUAUUUUCCUUUCCAAUCUGUAACUAACCAUAGUUACUGAUCCCACUAAAAUUUUUGCUGAUAUUUUUGUCAUAUACUCCUCCCUGCCACAUGACCUAGUAGGGUAAGAUUUGAAUUAUUUUAAUUGUGUCUUAUUUUUUGUUUUAAAUUAUUUGUUGAACAUGAGCAAAGUCAAGUAUAAAUCAGAAAAGAUCCUAGAUGUCUAGAAAAUUCCAGUUAAUAAUAUAGGUAAAAAAUCCAACAGAGUGUUGUAAGAUUUAGAAAAGAAAAUUUGGGGAUGUGAUUUCAUCUAAGAAGACUACAGUUCCUAUUACAGUAGUAUCUGAAGUGUUUUUACAUCAUGGAUGACGCAUAGCAUUCACUGGGGCCUUUUAUUUUUUCCCAAAGUGCUCUGCAACCACUGUUUAAGCCACCAGCUGUCUAUGUGAAGUGGAAAUUGUCCACUCAGAGGAUAUAGCCAUAGAGUGUUAUGAAGUAACACCAAUUUUGACAUACUUUUGCAAUAAGAAUCUUUCAUUUGCUUUCCUAAAUACAUUGCAUUCUAAGAGUCUUAUAACCAGAUGGAGUGGAAUACUUAUUACUUAUGUUAUCAUAAAUGAAAGUAGG